GCUGAGGCUGCCCGUACGCCCGGCGCCAUCUUUGAGGCUGGCAGCGGGGAAGGCGACAGCCCGAGCGGCGGCCCCGGCGGAGCGAGGCGACGCGGCGGCGGCAGCAGCGGCGGUCCCCUGGGGUUCGGUAAAGUCCCCGCUCGCCGGUAACUACAGCCGUUCGUAGACCGCAGGGGCUGGGGAAUGGCCUCUCGCCAGGAGCGGGUCCCCUGCGCUCCCCUCAGAGGAAGCAGGCCGCGGCCCCCGGGCCCGGCGGGGCGGGCGGCCCAGGCCGCGGCCCUGAGCGCUCCGCAGCGGGGUGUCUGUAGGCAAUGGAAGCGGGGUGCUGGGGCCCCUGGGGCAGGUCGGGUCCUCCGGAGGCGGCGGGAGGGGUGAGGAGACGUUCCCCCCGGCCUCGGCGCCGCGGGACUUGAGGGACGGGGAGCUGCUUCCCCGCUGCCCGAGUAGGCCCGAGGCCCCGCUCCCGCAUUACAGGGCCGCAGCUCUCCCGUUCCCUACCGCGGCCCUCCCCUCGGCCGUUAGCCCUGCUACACGGCCUGGCUGUGCCCCCACCCCGGCCCGGUCUAAGGGUCUCCCGGGAAACGGAAUCCUCGGGCAGGCUCUGGGGGGGUUCGGUUGGUCGAGUUGAAGAUCCCAGUGCAGGUGCUUUACACGCUAUUUUCAGUUAAACCCUUGUGCCUUCCUUUUGUAGCAAUGCGUAUGAGGGGCGUGCUGUAAUGUUGUCAUCUGACAAAUCGCUCCUCCGUUCCCUAAAGGAACUAACUGCCUUCAGGAUGUGACUAACUCUGGAUGCACCCGGUUGUCAUCUUAAUUUCUGCUUUAGGUCGCUUAAAAGAACCCAGUUGGGUGACGUUUGUUGUUGCUUGUUAUAAGAACUGGAUCCAAGCGGUUUCUGUUUUCAUAUGUUGAUGUUCAUAAUGCAAGUGCAAAAGUGCUUUUUGCCGUUGCAGGGAUCAGUGUUUGAGCUUUUGGAGUGUUCCCAGAGCUGGUGCUUUGGGGUGCACGCAGAGUGAGCUCUGGGCCAUCCAUGCUUCCCAUAUAAACCACUGUGUUGUUUGAUUGUUAACAAGAGAUCUCCUGGGGUCAGGGGGUUUUGAAAGGCUACCAGAACCACCACUGUGGCACACGGGUGAAUUGGGCACACGUUAAACUGCUCGAGCUGAACAGAUAGGAUGGGUUUCGUGCUGGGUAGCGAGGUGUUUCAGGAGGAAAGGCAGCCUGGAGAAAACUUCCUCUUGCUGUCACUUCUCAGCUCAAAUGGCACCUUUCCAAAUGGCUGCUUCCAUUGGGGAAGUUGGCUCUUUUUGAGCUUUAAUCCAACACUUGGUGAGGAAGAUGAAUCAUCACAGUAAAUUGCUGCCAGGCCCUGGUGUUGGUUUAGGCUGGAGGACCCUUGUUCUUUUCCUAUUUCUAAGUGUACCAGUCUCACCCAGGAGUAGCUGUAGCAGCUUUAGCAGUCUCCUUGGUUUGGAAUUGAUUCAUCGAUGCCCAUUGGGACAUCUAGGAGGGAAAGCUGAUGGACAGAGAGAAUAAUAGAGAGCCACCCCCUAAAAAUAUAGGAAUGAAGGGGUUAUGCAUUAAGGGAAAGCCACCACAUGAAAAAUUGGGGCUAUCUAAAAGUCAGUUAGGGAUUUGGGACCUGCAGGUACUGUUACACCUGCGUGUGCUGCUGUCAUGGUGCCUGAGCAGGAUGGAGAGAGCUUCCUUAUGGACCACAGUCUGUUAAAGCAGCCACGAUUGCCCGGAAGAAGAGCAAAGACUUCAGUUGUGGGACACAAAAAGACCCCAAACCAUCCGUGGCAAGCCAGGUACUUGUCUGGGGACACUGACUCCUUGGUGACAUCUCCACGCUGAGUGUGUCAGCCAUCUCCAUGGACAGUGGGGUUAGCAGUGGGAGGUUGAUGUGCGUUCCCAGCUCUCACAUUGGCAGUGAUGGUGUGGCAGAGCCAGCGGGCUGGUGUUUCAGCUGGAAGAGGAGAUGAGUGGACUGCAAAUGUGCCUGAGGAAGCAGGAGCUGUCAAAGAGAUUUGCCAUGGAUGUGGCUCAUACUGGCACAGCCCUUGCAGCUGCAGUAGUGGUGGAUUCUGGAGCAUCUGGAGAAGAUAGAGGGAGUUUACUUCAUGAAAGCAAUAGUGCCAAAAGCCUUUUGAUGCCAGAAAUUAGGACAAAUACAUCUAUUGUGUGGAACCUCUGUUGGGCAGGGACUUGCCUCAGCACUGCAGCAGCACAUGGUCCUGCACGCUGAGCCAGUGCCUCGGUGUGAUGGUGCUGCUGCUACCCUGAAGCUUGGGAAGCACUUGUGGAUUUUUCUACUGUUCCACUUGAGUUUUUGCUCUGUGAAGGUGAUGUAUUGAGCUAAGAUGGGCUUGGUUGUGCUUUAACAUCUCCAGGUGUUCCUGGUCCAUCUUUGCCUCCUGAGCAUGUGCUUGGUAGGAGAAAGGGCAUGAAUCAUGGCCGUGGGACUCAAGACUCAACCUCAUGCUGCUCUGAAGGAGCUCAGAUACGAGGAUGCACUUAACUAACAGAUAAACAGAGCUAUUAUAAAAGUGAUUAUUGAAGACACUCUUUUCCAAGGCCAACUUAUUAGAAGUUCAUACAGAUUGUAGCACUAGGCUGUCAGUUCCCAUCUCUAAUGGGACUGUAUGGCAUUGGGGAAGAAACAUUUUCCCUGGCGUUGGAGAAACACAACAUAAAAAUACACAUUUAACCGUUGGUGUGUGGACCCUGAACCAACCACAGACAGCCUGACAGUGAUGGCCACUGGAGAUCUUUGGAUUCACUGCACCAGCAGAGGUCCAUUUUUAGACAACAGCUCCUUCCCACUGGCUUUACUAAAACUCAAGCAGUAGGAAGUGUCCUACAAGAACCAAGGUACCAAAUUGAUGUGUGGCUUUCCCUUAAUCCCUCACUCCUGGCUUUCCAGCUCCUGACAACACCACUGAGCUUGUGCACACAGUGCUAGGUUAAAAGUAAUGAUUUAGGACUUUGAGCACAGGAGGAGAACAAGUUACUUAAGAGAUUUUCUUGCUCAUGCUGCUAAGGCUCAUCAAAUUCUUCAGCAACUCCAGCAUUCAAACAAUCUUCCCCAGGAUCACUUGAAGCAGGAAAUAGCUGUUCAGUGACCCUUUCUCUACCUUUUAUGUGUUAAAGUGACUUUCAGCCAGCAGAAGGUGGAGCAGCAUCCUUCCCCGGAGGGAGAAUGGGGCUAUUCUCAGUUUAUGCCGGUAGUCCCAGGUGUCUGAUGGGUGCAAGAUUCUUGGCCUGCAGGUAGAGGCCAGUGGAGAACUGUAGUUCUUAAAUCAGCUGCUGCCAUCGGUCCUUCUGGCUUUGCAGAGCAUGUAGAAACUUGCAACUCAAAACGUGUCACUCUUGGACUGGGAGAUGGGUGAAACUGAUUUUCUACAGUGUGCUCAGAUCUGAACGUUUCGUCUUGGCCACUUCACUAGAUCCCUGCUUUGAAUAAUUCCUUCUGCAUCUUGAUGUGUCAAGCUAAAGACAAAUCUCUACUGAAGCAGCAGCUGGUCUGGUGAGUGCUUCAGUUCAGGGUUAUUCUUUGACAGCCAGUCAGCCCUUUCAGGACCAGAUUGAUCUUAUAAGGAAGAAUGUCCUCAUUCAGGUCCCUUCAAACAGAGUUGCUCCAGUGAGGGGCGGCUGUGCCUCCCAGUAGUAGUAACUCACACCACAACUCAUGGCUCUCCGAGAUCACGAUGAAAGAUGAUCCUCACUCAGUGGCAGAGGAAGCUGGGCUGAUCGUCUGCUUUCACCUUUGCUUUCUUGGCUAGCAGCUUUGCUCUGCUCUGCAAGGCUCUUGAGUGCUGUCACCCCCACUCAGCACAUGCCUGCAGUCCAUAUUUAGGCAGCAUUUAACAGCUAGAGUUGACUCUGCUUUGGACAGCUAAGCUUUAGAUUUACAGAGAGUGAGAUGUGUUAGCGAGAGGUUGUUCUGCACUUCAGUUCCUGGUGCUCCUCCUUCCUUGUCAUCCAACUAUUCCAACAAACAGGGCUGUUAAGCAUCUUUAUUAUCUUUUAAGAGGUUAAAGGCACAAAGCAGAGCAGCAAGAGAGACUGUCCAAGAGAAAUGCUUCGUACCUUAUAACCAGAAAGUGCCCGUAGGUAGGUGCAGCAAUACUUCCCUUGUGCGCUUUGGAGUGCAAAACCAUCCUGUUCCCUUCUUGCUCCGUGAUCCAGGACAAAAGCAAGCUGGAGGGUCAGACCAGGGAGUAGGGCUGUUUCUUCAGUGCUAAGAAUGACAAGCUUGUAAAACAAACUGCAGACUCUCAUUUAUCUUCCCUUGGCCAAAGGUAAACGUUACGGCACUUGUUGGCACAAAAAACUUGACCCACCCCCUACUGCAUCUGUAGUUUCUUUUAUUUUUCCUAAAGGAAUUCAAAAUCUCUUCAAACAAAAACUUUUGCUACAUUUCUGGAGGGGGGAAAAAAGAAAAGAGUUUAAAAUUCUCAUCAACUUCCACGAGAGACCUGCUGAGUGCUCCAGAGUUACUCAUUUUCACUCAGAGUUUUGGGGUUAGUUCAGUUGAUCUCUGUUUAGUGCUCAGGUUUGUGUGUUAACUGCUCCCAGGUUAAAGAAAGAAACCAAAAGAGGUUUUGAGUUUAUCUUUUUUAAAACGAAAGGAUUUAUUUAUUUUUUAAUGGAGUUUAGAACUUUGAGAUAUUUAUUUUUUUCGGGGGGUGGGAAAUUUGAGGGUUUUUCUGUGUUUCUUUUCAAGUUUUGCUGUUUUUUCCCCAUUCCUUAAACAAGAUCCAUUCAUAUUCUGAACAGCUCUUGAAGUCUGCUCAGGAAUAGAGAAGGCAGCAAGCAAAGUGCUGAGCUGCUCCAAGGGGAUUUCUUUUCUCCCCCGUGGUGGUGGAUAAAGGAAGGUUGCAUUAUACAGGUGUCUCUCACUUCCUAGGGCAAAGAAAUGCUUCUAGGCUGUGAAUUCCUUCCCAUUUGUGUUUGAAUGGCUCUGCUCAGCAAAGCAGUGCUCCUCAAUUGCCAUCUAUUUCCUUGGUGGCUUGUGCAGGCUCAAAAGAGUCGUGCUUGAAAUCUCAUUGAGCUAGCAAUGGUAUUUGGAACACGUCUGGAGAAAGGUUUCUUGGCAGAGCUCUCCAGGAAGGAGCACCAGUAAUUUUUAGCAGUAGAUGCACAGGGAUCUGUAUGACACCAAGUCUGUUUUGGAAGGUGCUAAAGGUCAAAAGCAAAUAGCCCCAUCGAUAUUGAGGAAGGGAAGAAGCCCUUGCACUUCACCACUGCUCUUAUUCCCUCUGUCAAGCAGUCCAAACCCAGUAACUAAUACGAGCACCCAACUUUUCCUCUCUUUAUUUUAGAUUUGGGAAAAUUCCCUGCCAAAAACAAACAAACAAAAAAUCCUGGAAAAUUCACUAGUGUUUGUGUGAGUAAAAAGGUUCCAACAUUUUGUUAUUAACUUGUAAGAACGAUUUCCUUCAGUUGUGUCCAAAAGACUCAGAAACACUUUGCACAGAAAUGUGCAGCGUUUUAAUGAAAGGGGUCAGAAUCACUUAAAAUUGAACUUUAUCUGGUCUGGUUGCAGGUCUUCUGGAAUUUAGUGUCUUAACUAAGAAUCAAAGUAUCUGACUUCACAUUACAAAAAAGCCCCAAACUGCUUGUAGCUAAAUAAAAUCAGUUCAGCUCUGUUGGCACCAAAAAACCAUCCCUCUUGAAUUGGACCUAAGCCAUCUUUCCAAGCCUCCCAUGAUCUUGCAGCAAUGGCUAACGAUGGAUAUAUGGAUUAAGGAACAACAUAUGAUGGCAAACUCAUAGUGUUUGCUCUGCUGUGAAAAGAGAACAAAUUCUUUCCCAAAAGCAAAGCAAUUCCAAGUUGUUGGUAUCAUGCAGCCACGCCACUGGCAAAGUGAGCAGUUCCCUGCCUCCCAAAGCUUGCUGUACCCUGACCCGCUGCCUUCCUGCUGGUGAUUGAUUGCAACUCGACGUGGCUGAUGGGGGCUCAGAGCUGUUCUCCACACGGAUAUCAUACAACAUGUCCUGUGCACGCGUGUUGGGGGGGGUGUUUCCACUGUAUGCAUGUCCAGACGUGUGCAUCUUCAUGUGCUGGCCCCAAAUCACUCCCGUUCCAUACUUCUAGCUAUAAAAAGCAUCGGCCUCAAAGGCACAGGCCUCAAAAUAUUCGAUAGAGCUUUGAUUUUUGCCAGUUCCCUCCAAAUGAGAGGCUUUGUCUGCAAUCCUCAGUGGCACACAGCCCACCAGUCAAAUUUUGCCUCUCACCCUUGCUGACUUUGUUACCCCUCACUCUCGCUGUGUGUAUAGACACGGAUGUGUAUGGCUAUUACAUAUUUGUGUCCUUAUACGCACCAAGUCUGUUUUUUUGCUGUACAGGUAAUAAAGAUGGGGGAAGAUUUUUGUGUUUUCUUAAUAGGUGAAGAAAUCUUGAAGACCAGAAAUUGCAACUUAACUGCAUUUUAAAUUAAAAACCAAAACCAAAUUAGAAUGGCAAUGGCCCGGCUGUGGAAGAUGGAGCCUCCUUUUUGCAGCCCCUUUGAACCACAAGUUCAUCUUUAAAUGCCCUGGGUUGUUUUUUGGUUUUUUUGGUUUUUUUUCCUCCUUUUUGUUUUUUGGUUUUUCCUUUUUUGAAGAGCUAACUAACCCUGGCUGUCUCCAGUCUGACAGUAUUCCAAUGGACUUGCUUCCUCCAUUAGUUGUAAGAUGUUUAAAAGCACAGCCUAUGUUUGAAUUGAUGAGAGGAUGAGAGGUUCCCUUGGCAAUGUGAGGAGGAAAAGUCUUUCUACCCCUUUAUUAUUAAUUCACGGAUUCAGUGUUGGUUCGGCCUACAGGAGAAGUUAACUGGAAGUCUUGGAAGAUCAGUAUCUUUCUUGAAGUUGGCCAGGGUUACUUUAAAAAAGAAGAUUUCAUUGAUCAAGCCAGUAGAAGACUUGCAGUGCAAGAAAGUGAAGCCAGCUUCAGACUGGAAGACUGGAGGAAAUCCCUGUUGAGUGAACCUCAGCUUUGUCCAUUAUGUCUAACCAAGGAGAUGACUGCUACUUCUAUUUCUAUUCCACGUGUAACAAGGGAGACAGCUGCUCCUUCCGCCACUGCGAAGCUGCUCUGGGAAAUGAGACAGUCUGCACACUCUGGCAAGAGGGUCGCUGUUUCAGGAAUAUCUGCAGGUUCAGACACAUGGAGAUCGAUAAGAAACGUAGUGAGAUUCCUUGCUACUGGGAGAACCAGCCAGUGGGCUGCCAAAAAUCCAACUGUGCUUUCCAUCACACCAAAGGACGUUACGUUGAUGGACUCUUCUUACCUCCAAGCAAAACUACGCUUCCAAGUCCACCUGAGUCUGUGGAAGACGAUGUUAAAAUGCCUCAGAUGUCACUGCAGCAAAACAAACUUUCUGUUCAGUCAAAUCCCUCUCCCCAGCUGAGGGGGGUGAUGAAAGUGGAAAACUCUGAAAAUGUCCCAAGUCCUACACACCCUCCCGUUGUAAUCAAUGCUGCAGAUGAUGAUGAAGAUGAUGAUGACCAGCUUUCUGAAGAGGGGGAUGACAUUAAGAUGGCCAUCCAGCAACCAACAACAGAAACCCAUAAUGGAUUGCGGAUAAUUUCCACUAGGAAAUCCAGUGCUAAUUCCAAGCAAGACGACAAUUUAAAUUUCGGAAUAAAAACGCUGGAAGAAAUCAAAUUGAAGAAACUAAAGGAGAAAACAAAAAAACAAGAAGGUCCUUCAGGAGUUUCUGUUCAUCCCCUUCAAUCCCGGACUAUUCCUGUGCCAGAAAAGGAGAACGUACGGACAGUAGUGAGAACUGUGACACUGUCUGCAAAGCAAGGGGAGGAGCCUGUGAUUCAGCUGAACAUUGCUGAGAGACUGGGCAAACGGAAAGCCUCCACAGCUGCUAAAAGUGUCGUUCCACUGAAGCGCAACCUUGCCGAAAGGCUGGGGAAGAAGAUAGACAUGCUGGAGAAUGCUGACAAAGCCCCCAAGAGAGUUCAAGUCCCCAAGUCUCUGAAGGAGAGGCUAGGAUUGCCCUCUGAACAGACCAGCACAGAGACAGAGAAGGCUGCUAAGCCGACAGGAGAGAUCCACGUGAAAACACUGGAAGAAAUUCGCCUGGAGAGAGCUACUCAGAGACGAGGAGAACCUCCAGCUAAAGGCCAGGCUGAAGGACGUUGUAAACCAGAAGAUCCCAACUCAGGGGCAAAACCUUCCCCUGCCGUUCGCAUCAAAACUUUCUCAGGAGCCCUGGCUGAAAAAAACCAGAAGCGUUUGGAAGAAGAGAAGCAAAAAGCAGAAGAGCUUCCCACCAAGACAAAAGCUGAGGGGGAGCCCAAGAAGCAGAGCGUGCUGGCUCCGUCUGUGCCCAGCAGAGUGCCGCUGGCAGAGCCAGCAGGGAAAGCCAAGCCAGGGGAAGUGCGUAUUAAAACCUUGGAGGAAAUCAAGCAGGAGAAAGCUCUGCGGCUGCAGCAGAGUGCAGAAAACGUGCCAGCUCCACCAGCACAAGCCGAACCUGCCCCGACAGGGAGGAGAUUGUUACGGAUCACCAAGCUCAUAGCACCUGGAAGAGAAGAAAAGAAGGUGGUGGAAUUGAGCAAGCCUUCUCCCAAAGCUGUCUCUACCCCUGCAGAGCUCGCUGAUCAGAGCACAACUAAUUCUAAAGUUCAAGUGAAGAACCUGGAAGAGAUAAUGAGGGAGAAGCGGCAACUGAAACACCACCAAGAAGAGAAGCUUCAGAAGGAAGCAGCUUCUGUGCCUUCUUCUGUUGAAAAAACCAUCAAGGAUAAAACUCUACCAUCAGGGAGCCCUGAAGCCACUGUGGCUUCAGGGUCAGCAUAUCACCUUGUGAAGAAGACCUUGGUGAAACCUCUGGAAGAUGGGGUUGAAAGCCCAGGGAAGGAAGCUGCUGUAUCACCAGGGAAACAGGCAGCUCCACUGCAGGAAAGGAAAGCUAAGACCAAAUCCAAGGCGUGCCUGAAGGCUCUGGAUGGGAAAACCACCUCUCCCACAAAGCAUCCCCUGAAGCGUAAGGCAGCCGAGGGUCACCCCUCUGCCGUGGCAGCUGUGAAGCCCUUGAGUACCACGGGUGGUGACACGAAGGAGCCUCCAGCUAAAAAAGCAGCUGUGGCCAUUGUUCCUGCUUUGCCAGAGGACAACCUGGUCUCCAUACCUGGGGGAGAAAAACCCCAAACCAGCCCGGAGCUGCACAUGGGAAGCCAGGCAGGCUCUGGGGCACAGUCAGAACUAUCCAGCUCAACUUCAACUUCGUCCCAAGUGGCGCUGAAGACGCGCCGGCUGAGCUCCACCGGCGCUGGCAAAGCCCCUUUGUCUGUAGAAGACGACUUCGAGAAGCUGAUUUGGGAAAUCUCAGGAGGCAAACUGGAAGCAGAAAUUGAUCUGGACCCAGGGAAGGAUGAGGACGACCUCCUCCUGGAACUGUCGGAGAUGAUCGACAGCUGAACUGCAGGAUCUUAAGAUUAAAACAAACAAACAAAAAAAGAAAUUAAGAAAUUAAAACUCUAUUUUUCUGUUGGGAUACCCAGAGGUGAUGAUCGUUUUUCUAGCUGAGGCUUUGCAAUGAGUCUUAAAGCACAGUUGAACUGGUAGAAAUGGGCAGUAUCUGCACUUGGUUGUCCUACAUUUCCCUGCUGGUCAGAGUCGAGGUCCUGUGCAUCCGUUCUGUGACUGUCAGUGGCUGCCGUCGACGUUAGGAGGACAAAGCACUUGUUUCUUUUGGGCCAGAGAGCUCCCCAGCUGCAGCCCGUGGGGUUGUGAACUGAUGUCCUGAUGCAGUGAUGCUCUGAAGGCUUAAACCUAAAGCUUCUUCCUUCCUUCUUUCCUCCCCUCCUUUACAAACCUCAACGUUCAGCGCGUUUCAAAAGCUUUGGUAUUCUCCUUUCUUGGACAAUUGCUAUCUAAAGCCUGGAGUUACUAUGUCAACUCUUGAGUUUUAUUUAUGUAUGUUCUCAUUUGGACUUUAAUCUUCAUGAAAACGUGGGAGGGAGCAGGAUAAUGGAGUGGUUUGGACCAAAGGUGCUGCCAGGGGCGGUGGUUGGGCUCAGUGCAUCCUCACUUGGAAUCAGCAGGGACGAUACGACAUGGGUGUGAAAAGCAGCAGCUCUGCAGCACAGCUCCACAACCCCCUCCUGCUUUGUUGUACUGUGCCAAAGCUGGGGAGGGGGUGGUGCUUCUUGCUGAGGUGAAUCCUGAUAGGAUUCUGGGAUGGGUUGAUGGGAUUCCUCUGCAGGAAACUGGUGAAGGAAGGAUUGGUUUAAGUGCCUCUCUGGUCCAAGAAUCGCUUCUCCGAGCUGCUGGAUCAUCUGGGAAGUGGUGGCUGCUUGGCCUUGUUUCCAAGCACUGUCGCAGCACCGACUCCUAGGGGAGCAUCCUCCUUGGAAGCUGGAGAUCGUGGAAGCUGGUACUGCUGCGGGACCAACCACGCUGCUGCUGCCUGGGAAUGGCCCGGGAAUCCUCCCUCAGCCCCUGCCCCACCGCCAAGGCGUGAGCUCCGGGUCCAUGUAGGAACUGGAGCCAGGACAGGGGGUUUGAAUCUCACUUUGGGACCCCCAAGCCAAUAUCUGAGAUGGGGGUCUCUGCCCCCCCAGUGCUCCCUUUCCCUGGCAAGUAGAUUUUCACUUAUUUCCUUAAGUUUUGGAAGAACUUCUCUCUCCUCCUGCUCUCAUGUCUGAAGCUGUCGGCGCCCUCCAGCAUUUGCUGCAGCCACUUGUUGGAGUCGAUUGUAAAUACUUCGGAAGAAAACCCUUGCGUGCUUGGAUAAUCCACUGUGACGUCUUAGUUCCUAGAGGGAGGAAAAAGGUUGGGAAACCAAACUUCAGGAAAGAGCUGGUGAAGCUCGGGAAGGGUUCACCCAAUCCCUUCUCCUGCUGAAGGACUUCCUUAUGGCGAAGGGGCUGCAGCGAGGAAGAGCUCGAGAGCCGGGUGAGGAAGGCUCUGUCCCCGGAGGUGGGGGUCGAUGUCCACCAUGCUUUGUGUAAAUAUUUUAUUCUCCCAUUUUAUAUUUGUAUUGUAUUUAAGGCAUUGUAUGAGCCAGCACCUCCACCCCCCAGUCGGACUGUUCCACGCAACAGCAGUUACCAGUGUUUUUAAUAAACCUGCCAUAGGA